CGGGCCGGGGUCCCUGUGCUGGCUCCUGGCGGGGAGCGAGGCACCCAGCCCUGCGAGCCGGCGUUGACAGCCCGAGAGCACAACGGCCCCCGCUACUCCGGGCUCCUCACCUAUCGCCGGGCGAGGGCAGCUCGGCUUGUUCUGCGCUGGCCGCUACCGCCCAGCGAGAUGCGGACAGGGGAAGAGGGUGAUUUAUUAAUACACGGUGUGCUUGGGCGUGGGGGAGGGAGUGCAGCCGGGUUGGGGGAAUGACAGGACAAGCUGGGCGGGAGAGGACCCAGGGGCCUGUAGGUGCGGUGGUGGUGGCAGGAACAUGUUCCUUUCUCUAGCAGUGCAUAACGUGAGGGAAUGUUGACCUGCUGACGGUGCCCUUCCAAAUGAGGAUGAGUGUCAGCAGUCAUAUACAGCUGAAAGUUUCAGUCCCAGGAGAAGUUUUGUGCCUCCUCCAUGGAGUCCUACCCACAAGUUGGAACCACUGAUUUAUCUACAUGCUCUUUGGAAAUAUUACCUACAGUGGAGUCGUAUCAUAGCACCUUAUAGCCAUCAUGGCAACGUCAUCUGAGGAAGUGUUACUGAUCGUAAAGAAGGUGCGUCAAAAGAAACAGGAUGGAGCUCUCUACCUUAUGGCUGAAAGGAUAGCAUGGGCACCUGAAGGCAAAGACCGAUUCACAGUCAGCCAUAUGUAUGCAGAUAUAAAAUGCCAGAAAAUCAGUCCUGAAGGAAAGGCUAAAAUUCAGCUACAGCUGGUAUUGCAUGCAGGGGACACAACCAACUUCCACUUCUCUAAUGAAAGCACAGCAGUGAAGGAGAGAGAUGCAGUGAAGGACCUUCUUCAGCAGCUGUUACCCAAAUUCAAGAGGAAAGCAAAUAAAGAACUUGAGGAAAAGAACAGAAUGCUGCAAGAAGAUCCUGUUUUGUUUCAGCUUUAUAAAGACCUCGUUGUGAGCCAAGUAAUUAGUGCUGAAGAAUUCUGGGCCAACCGUUUAAGCUUGAAUGCUGUGGAUAAUUCUGUGGCACCUAGUAAGCAGGAUGUGGGCAUCUCUGCAGCUUUUCUGGCUGAUGUUCGGCCUCAAACGGAUGGUUGCAAUGGUCUGAGGUAUAACUUAACUUCAGACAUUAUUGAAUCCAUAUUCAGGACGUAUCCUGCAGUAAAAGUGAAAUAUGCAGAAAAUGUUCCACAUAAUAUGACAGAAAAAGAAUUCUGGACACGAUUUUUCCAGUCUCACUACUUCCAUCGAGAUAGGCUAAAUACAGGCUCAAAAGACCUCUUUGCAGAAUGUGCCAAAAUGGAUGAAAAAGGGUUAAAAACAAUGGUGUCUCAAGGGGUGAAAAAUCCACUGCUAGAUUUAACGGCCUUGGAGGAUAAAUCGUUAGAUGAGGGUUAUGGUGUUUCCUCUGUGCCAUCCACAUCAAACUCCUCAAAGUCCUUAAAGGAGAGUAGCAAUGCUGCCAUUAUAAAACGCUUUAAUCAUCACAGUGCCAUGGUCCUUGCAGCUGGGCUCAGAAAACAAGAAGCACAAAAUGAUCACUACAGUGAGACCAGCAGUAUGGAUGGAAACUCCAGGGAUUCAGAUUUCUUUCAGCCACCAAUAAAAAAGGUGAAGCUACAGGAGGCUAUUGAAUAUGAAGAUUUAGGAAAGAAUAAUAGCAUUAAAACUAUUGCACUAAACCUAAAGAAAUCUGAUCGGUAUUAUCAUGGUCCAACUCCAAUUCAAUCACAGCAAUAUGCAACCAGUCAGGAUAUUAUUAAUUCUUUUCAUAGUAUUAGAGAAGAAAUGGAAGCCUAUAUACCCAGACUAACUCAGGUUCUUUCCAGUGGUGCUGCUACUAGCAGCAUCACAGCCCUGUCACCUGGAGGAGCACUUAUGCAAGGUGGGACACAGCAAGCCAUAAACCAGAUGGUGCCAAAUGAUGUUCAGUCUGAACUGAAACACUUGUAUGUGGCACUUGGGGAGCUACUGCGACACUUCUGGUCCUGCUUUCCUGUUAAUACACCAUUCCUAGAAGAAAAGGUUAUGAAAAUGAAGAGUAACUUGGAAAGAUUUCAAGUUACAAAGCUCUGCCCAUUCCAAGAAAAAAUUCGGAGACAGUAUUUAAGCACAAAUUUGAUAAAUCAUAUAGAAGAGAUGUUGCAGACAGCCUACAAUAAGUUCCACACGUGGCAGUCCCGACGUAUGCUGAAGAAAACGUGAAGACUCCCGCUAUAAAGUUUGGAGAGGGAAAUCUGCAAUAGCUGUAGGAACACAACCUGGCAAAUGUGCAGCUCUUAGAUAUUGCAGGAACAUCUGCAACAUGUGGAUUCCUGGAAAUGUUCCUAACUGAACUUGCACAUUUUUUGGAAAAGGACCUGUGAUUAAACUUGAAACUAGGGAAAAAUUAAGUAAGAACCAAAACGGAAGAGCUGAGAGGCAAAAAAACCCAACAUAUUUAAGACGCUGUUUACUGCAGUUACUCAGGAACUGCUUUUGAUUUGCGAAAGAGCUGCUUUCAGAAAUAAACUUUAAAAAGGGUGUAUUAAUAAAAUCUGAAACUGUUUGUCUAAUUUUUUUAAAACGUGUAUGGCACAGGGUAGAACUUAACAUUUUUCUUCACUGGAUUCUGGCAUUUUAUUGAAUUCUGUUUGUACUUAUUGAAACAGAGGUUAACAAUGACAUUUUAAAUAUAGCUGAGACUGGUUUUGCUUCAAACAUCUGACAAGAUUAGCUAUCAGAAGACAAGCUUCGGCCAUAUGUUUCCCCACAAACUGGAAGUAACAGACAUUGCACUGAAAGCUGUUUAUGGUUUGGAGUCCCUAAAGGCACGAGUGGGGGAGGGCACACUUUUGCCUCGUGUCUUGGAUUUUUAUGCAGAAUAUUUUCAGCCAUCAAGUUUGCAUGUUUUCCUUUGAAUGCAAGGGUUGCUAUUGCAAUUUUUUUUAAGGUUUUGAGAAGGAGAGAAUGCAUUUUCUAAAAUAAAGUUUCUUACUAAAGAACUAGAAGAAAAGUCACUUACUUUCACCUCCUAGAAGAGAAAGAUUUCUCCUAAAUCUGUUUUUCUCCACUCUUCUUUGUUGACUGUUACACUAUUUUUGGCGAAUUGAUAAUCAUUGCAAAAGAGGGAAAAGUGUGUGAAUACACAAGCUCCUGAGAGAUGUCUGGAAUCUGUGCCAUACUUUGUUCCAAAUAGAUAAACUGUGAGUUGAUCAUAAGACCUACCUGUCUUGUAUUAAAUAUUUGACUUAGAGACAAAGUAAACCUAUUCUAUAUUAGUAGAUGCCGUAAUGACACACUGUAUUUCAUUGUUUCAUUUUGAUCAUUAACAGGGCCCAUGGUAUGGGCUACUGAGUUUUUGACUUGGGUUAAAUGUGACUGUUAGAGAAUUAGGAUACAUUU